AUGGCAAACUAUAUGGUAUGCUUGGCACAUUUUUGUGAAUUGCAUGGGCCAUCGACUAUAAUAUGUACACAGAAGGUCGCCGAACCUGAAAAAUCGAGCCUUUUUUUACCAGCCAACUCGAUGCUUCAAACGUGCCAAUCUUGUAAGCUAACCCUUCCGGAUGACUCUGUGAACCUCCAAUCCACCAUUGGCGGUACAUCUUACGUAUCCACACAGUACCCAGCACUGCUGCAGCGUUACUCAUCCCUUACCAAACUUGUAAUGAAAACCCUCUCGGUUGAGACCACUCUGGAUAUCUCGAAGCCAAUAUUUUUUGGCGAUGUUGUCAAUGGAUAUUGUAUAAACAAGAUAUUCAAGAUAUCCGAUGCUAAUGCCAGAGGGGGUGAAAGGAAAUACUCCUUGAUGGUUGUAAGCGAUAAAGAAAAGGAUCUACUCUUGCAUUGGGAUGACUUCAGUAUUUACUUGAAUGAGUUUAUAUUGUUGAUUCAGCAACAGGCGCAGUAUGUGACUGACGAAUUGAAUCCUAAGAAACUGAAGCCGCCAGCUACAUCUUCGGCAUCCACCUCAGGAAAUAACCAAACCUCUAACACGGCCACUUUUGAUAACGAGAGGUAUCUCAGAAGAUCGCUCAUCAAACCUAAGUCAUUAAUUGAUCUUACCAAUGACAAUGAGUUAUUCGUAAAGAUACAUUUAUGGGCUAUUGAGUUGUUGAAAGAUGUUUAG